AUUUAGUUGAGUUGCGACGUCUUGACAUUCGAAACUAUAAAUCGACUUGCGAAAAUUAAUUCAAAAUGCCACCUAUUGGAGCAAAGUGUCAGCUGAACUACACGCGAGAGCGAAUGUGGGAACCCGGAUAUCUCAAGGCCAAGUGUGCAGAGUUGCGCUUGGAGAACGAGUUCCGAUUGUAUCGAAUACGCCUUUGGAAAAGCUAUUUAUGCGUUUUCUUCAUGCUGCAUAUUUUUGUCACUUUUUUGUACUGUGUCCUGCUAUUAACUACCGUUGAUCGCCGACAUAAAAUAUAUUUCGAUGUGUCCCUUUCUGUGGGGUGUUGCGUGGUCCUUUUGAUAGCAUUGAGCAUUAACUUCUGUGACGGGUUUAUAGCGAAACAUACGUGGUAUAUGUAUGCCAGUUCAAUAUUUGCAUCUAUGACUUUGGUGUUUGCCGACCUUACUGAAUCAAUCUACCACAAUUACACACACAAUUGGCAGCUGGGCAGCUUUUACGACACCUACAUAUUGUACAUGGUCUACAUGUUCCUCCCGAUCCACUUCAUAAGUGGUGCAGUCCUGCUGGCUCUCCUAGUAUCCGCGCUGUACAUAAUAUACUACAUUCAAUUUCUCGCCGAUGGCUUCUCCCAAUUCGUGUCCGAACUGUUCUCCGUCGGCGGAAUGUCCAUGGACAUCCUGCACUAUCUGUGCAUCAACCUGGUGGGCAUAUUCUACCGCGUCAUCAGCGACACGGUGGUGCGCUCCUCGUUCCUGGACCGCCACCAGUUCAUCAAGGAGGAGAUCUGGCUGCGCAACGCCCGGCUGCAGGAGAAGCAGUUGCUGGACAGCAUCCUGCCGCCGCAGAUCUCGCAGCCCUUGCAGAAGGACAUCCAGAACAGGAUUAAGAUGGCGAAACAGGGCGCCGGCAUGCGCUUCAUCAGCGUCCUCGAACGCACCAUGGCCAUCCAGAUACAUCCGGACGUCAGCAUCCUCUACGCCGACGUGGUCAACUACACCCACCUGACCACCACACUCACGGUGGAGAAGUUGGUGAAGGUGCUGCACGACCUCUACGGCAGAUUCGAUAGAGCCGCCUUUCGCUUCAAGGUGCAGCGCAUCAAGUUCCUGGGCGACUGUUACUACUGUGUGGCCGGUUUGGCGGACCCCGAUCCCGACCACGCGAACAACUGUGUGGCCCUGGGCCUCUCCAUGAUCUCCGACAUCCAGGAAGUGCGCGACGUUCAAGGUCUGGACAUAAAUAUGCGCAUUGGAGUUCAUUCGGGUACGCUGUUUGCAGGGGUCAUUGGUGAGGCCAAGCUGCAGUUCGAUAUAUGGGGACUGGACGUCACCAUUGCUAAUGUCUUGGAGUCCACUGGAGUGGCGGGCUUUGUGCACAUCAGUGGUGCCACACUGAACAAUCUUAGCGAGCAACGCUAUCUUAUUGGCGAAGGACCUGAAACUGCAAGGAAACAUCCACUUUUGAUCAAUCACCGUAUAAUCACAUACAUAGUGCAGGAUGUUUUGCAAGCGGAGGAAAGUGAAGAGUUCUUUGGUGAACUGCACGCAUUGUCGUUAAUAAACUUCGGCUCAAGACAAAGACUAAGCGAUAAUACUAAUGAAAGCUUAAAAGCGAUGUUCAAUGCCGAGUUGCACGAAGAAUUCCGCAAAAUGCCGGUCAGUGCAUUUAAUCAGAAAACAUUUUACGGCAUGUAUCGAAAUACAGACAGAGCGACGACCCCUUUGUAUCACCAGCUAAACAUUUGUCUGACCUUCUACGACAGCGCCAUGGAGAGGGCCUACUUGAAGCAAACCGACUAUAUGUUCAAGUACAGCAUGCUGCUCGGCUGGUGCGUCGGAUGCUGCCUGGUGUAUAUCCAACUGAUGGACACCAAAAUGAUAUGCCCCUCGUGCAUUAUUCUGCCCGCCUGUGUGUUUCUGGUGCAGACCAUUCUGACCUUCGUCGCUUGGUACAAGAAGAUUUGCUGGGCAAGGUAUGGAAAAUAUGACCAGCCGCAUAAGUAUAGUCGGUUGAGCUGCAUUAUAUUUCGCAUCCACGAGAAAAUCAUUGGCAGUCUGGGCAUCCGCAUCGUCAUAUACCUCUUCCUAGUGAUAUCCAAUUUCUCUGUGAUGGUGAUUAUCGUGAUGACUUGCCAGCGCGAAGAGUUUGAGCUAAUGUUUAUCGAGGAGAAACUCUUUCACUACGAACAGGAUACUAAGAUAUGCUUUCAUCCGUGGGUGGCGACCAACAUGGUCUCGCUAAUGAUUUGCCUGACCUUCACCUUCUUGCACAUUCCGUUCCUGGUGAAGACCACAAUGGCCCUUUUGGUGACGAUUGCCUACUUGGUGAUCGUUUUCUUCCAAUUUGAGUUUGUCUUCCACCACAGUGUGACCACGAACCCCUUUUUUCCCGCCGAGUACGCACACGGCUUGCUAAUUUGCAUCAGCCUGCUAACUAUGUAUGUGAAGGAGCGCCAAAUCGAGUUCACCAACAAAGUGAACUUCAACUGGCGCGUCGAGUUGAGAAAGAAGGAGAGUGACGCCAAUAUAACCAAUCAUUCGAUCAUUAUUAUACUCAAUAACAUUCUUCCUAGUCAUAUAGUGGACGUCUACCUCAGUUCAUUAUCCAAACACGAACUAUACUACGAAAAUUACCAAAUGGUUUCCGUCAUGUUUGCCAUGCUAUUGAAUUUCGAAGUGGAUUUAAGAAGCUUGCGAGUUUUAAAUGAGAUUAUUGGCGAAUUUGAUGUUCUGUUGCUGUUCUACAAGGAAUAUUAUUCGGUUGAGAAAAUCAAAAUCGUCGGAUGCACAUAUAUGGCAGCGUGUGGCCUGGACCUGAACUUCGCGGGCUCCACUAGUAAAACAGAGAAAUCGAACUUGGAUUUUAUUACACGGACCGAGGGGAAUCCACGUAAGCUAUCCUUCGAGCAUAACCAACAAGAGCUCGAGGAAGUGGUUUUUGUCAUGUCCUCGUUUGCACUGGACAUGAUGCGCACGCUGGCCCAAUGCAACAAGGCCUACCAGAGCAUUCCGUCCCUUCGAAGCAUUAUGGACGGAACAAUCGCCAUCGGCAUUUCCAGUGGCGAGGUGAUGGCCGGCAUAGUGGGCGCCUCGCAGCCGCAUUACGACAUCUGGGGCAAUCCGGUCAACAUGGCUUCGCGGAUGGAGUCGACGGGAUUGCCAGGACACAUUCAGGUGACGGAGGAGUCGGCCAAAAUCCUGCAGGAUUUCGGCAUUCUCUGUGAAUACCGCGGCUUGACUUUUGUGAAGGGUCGUGGUCAAAUACCGACCUAUUUGGUGGGAAUCGAUAGCGACCUUAACUUCAUCACUACGGCGGCAAAGCGAUCUCCGAGUCACGUGGAGCGCAGUACGGUUAUAUCAUUGCAAUCCACCUAUUCUCAACCAGAUAAUCGUAGUGAUUCUGGUAGCAUUUAUGGACGAAACCUGAACGAUAAUUAAGAUGGCUUAUAGUUUGGCGUUAUUUACGCAUCGAAUUCGUUUCGUUUCGUUUUGUAAUCUUAAAAUAAUUAAAC